AUGUCGUCCCCAUCCACCUCCUCGACCCCCGCUGCCCCCUACCCUGCGUCCCGCAUCACCACCGAACCGCUCACCCACUCCGGCCGCGCUCUGGCCGCGCUUGAGCGUGCCCCCGCGCUGGCCCACGCCGUCCUGGCCUCACCUCUGCCUCGCCGCGCAAUCACGCGCCGCGCCGCCCGCUGUGCCGCUUCUGCCUUCCCCCGCACGGCCCUCCCCCAGCACCUGCAGUCGCCCGCGCCGCGCGCGCCUGCUGCUGCUGCGGGCUUGGCUCCUGUGCUGCUAGCGCCGCCACCGCUGCUCUGUCACCCGCAGCUGCCAGCCUCGCCCAUCCGCCUGGCCAUGCUCGCCCGCGCCGCUUGA